CAUUUAUUAAGUAUAUUUAUUUAGUCCAGAUUAGCCCUUAUAGAGCAGAUCUACAAUCAAAAGUAUUCAAACAAUGACCAUUACGUGUUUUCUAGACACAGUUCACCUAUAACCACAUUAUCUAAUAUCCUUCUUUUCUAAGACUAAACAGUAUGAUUCGUGGUAAUUUGACUGCUAUUUCUAUCGGGGCAAGCGAUCGCAUAAAGGUUUCCCUCGUCGAAUUCUGUGUUAUUGAUGGCUAAAGCAUAUAUGUGAGACUAAGUGAACUACCAAUGACAAUUCUCAUUGAUUCAUUUCAAUCAAUGAUUGUUUAGAAUUCAGAGACAUGUGGUUGGACAAAUUGAUGUGGGUUCCUUAACAUUUCUUCUAAUUACUUCUUUCAUAUAACCAUAUCACCGAUUGAAUGGCUAAACCUGUUGUCAGAUCAACCUGAUUGUUAUUCAAGAAUAUUAUUAUCAAUAAGUUAAUUACCUCCUCCCCUGAAAUUGCUGGCCUUGUGCCAAAAUUUGAAACCAAUAUUAUACUCUAUUCAGAUUGUGAAAUUUGGUGUCAUAUUUUAAAUGUAUGAAGGUAAGCAAUCAUGCAUAUCUACACAGAUAAUAUUAGCCACAGUGCUCAAUUGGUUCUUAUUUUAUUGACCUCAAAAGGAUGAAAGGCAAAGUUGACCCUAGCAGAAUUUGAACUCAGAACAUGAAGACAGACAAAAUGUCACCAAGCAUUUUGCUUGGUGUGUUAAUGAUCCUGCCAGCUCUCCACCUUGAAUAGAAUAUAAUACUGAUGAAAGAGUAUAUAUGUUUAUAGAUUACUCUCAGUAAUUAUUUCUCAUCCAUACAUUAUUAUUUUUUGUAAGAUUUUAUUUAUAUUGAAGAAAUUUGUAAACAUUUCUUUUUUUCGUUUUUCUUUUCAAACCUUUCUCAAAAUUUGAUAUAAUAAUUACUGUUAUAAUAUAAUACUGUUAUUUUCCAUUGUUCCCUGUCCUGUUUUCUUUCCAAUCACCAACCUACAAUAAUUCAAUUUAAACAUUAAUCAUAUCCUAAUCUCACCUAUUAUCAAUAUCUACAAAUUUAGAUGGUCCUAUAAAGGAUGUAGGCACUGUCUCUAGUGCCCCAAACAAGUGUAAUAAAAGGAAAAAAAUGUUUCAGUAACUCUUUCAACUAGAUUUUAGAUUUAAUGAAAUAAUUUGUAAUUGAAUUUAUUAGUAUUAUUCAAUCUUGAUUAAAGCCCAUAUUUAGUUUUAUUUCUGUUUUGUUUUAAAAAAUCAAAUAUUUCAAGAAAAUUCACUAUGAAUCAUAUGAUACCAUCAAAUAUUCCUAACUUUGACUUGGUUGAUUCUAUUCAUGGUGUAGAACGGUCACAUAGUUGUGAAAUUUGUGGAAAAGGUUUCACUUGUUACGACAACCUUGAGCAACAUAAAGGGACCCACCAAAUGGACAAAGCUUUUAACUGUGACACAUGUGGUAAAGUUUUUAGUCAAGAGUAUCAUCUAAAACAACAUCAAAUGAUACACACAAGAGAAAAGCCUUUGAAAUGUAAUAUUUGUGGGAGUAUCUUUUCUCGUAAUGGAGAUUUGACACGUCACAUGCGAACUCACAGAGUUCCAAUAACCACCACUUUCAGCAGUAGUAGUGUUUCUUGUAACCAUCAACGUACUGACAAAUCUUUUAAAUGUCAUAUAUGUGGCUGUAUAUUUUCUCGAAAUGGUAAUCUUACACGCCACAUGCGAACACAUGUUAAUACCACAACUCACUCUCAUAUGAGCAAUACUACUAUUUACCAACAUCAUCUAGCUGAGAAGAAUUUUAAAUGCAGUAUCUGUGGCUGUGCUUUUUCUCGUAAAGGAGAUCUAACAAGGCAUUUUAGAAGUCAUGAUGCUGUCAUUAUUCCAAGAAGUAAUGCACCUACAAAUGUAAGCAAUAUGCAAAAAUAUCAAAGUCCUAAAAAUCCAUUCAAUUGUAAGGCUUGCUGGAAGGCUUUCACAGAGCACUCUGAUGGUGAAGUGCAUGAACGUAUACAUGCAGCACUACUGCCAUUCAAAUGUGGAAUUUGUGGUAAAGCCUUUCAUGAUAAUAGCACACUUGAACGGCACAGAAGAACUCAUACAAAUGAAAAAAUGUUCAGCUGUGAUAUUUGUCUAAAGUCUUUUACUCAGAAAUCAUCACUAAAGUUGCACAAACGUACUCAUACUGGGGAGCGCCCCUUUAAAUGCAACAUAUGUGGUUUUGCAUUUUCUCGAAAAGAUCAUCUUGAGAGGCAUCAGAAAACUAAUAAUGGUGACAGAAAACUGAGCUGUGUCCCUCAACACCUGCAGCGAUCACCACGACAACAACAACAACAACAACAGGCAAUUCAAUCAACCCAGAAUCAACAAUUCAUUGAUAUUCAUCAGUCUCAGCUGAAUGUAUCCCAGUCACAAACUUCACAGCAACAAUCACAAACUUCACAACUCGCAAAUAUAUCACCUCAGCAGCAAGAUCUACAAAAAAACACACAACAUACAAAUAUGUCAUCCCAUCAAAACUCACAACACACAGAUAUGCCACAAUCCAUAUCACAACCAUCUGAUAUACCACAAGCUCCACAACAUGCAGACCUUCCUCAAUCACAACAAGGUUCACAACAUACAGACUUACCACCACCUCAAGGUUCACAAGACUCAGAUCUGACUCCAUCACAACAGCCAAAUUCACAAGUUCCAGACAUGCCAACACCACAACCAGAUUCACAACACACUGAUGUACCACAUUAUAUGAACAUAUGAAAAUAGUUUAGUCAUUAAUUUGAAUUAUCAGGAAUUGUAUUUGUCUAUCAUUUUAAAGAUUCUCACCAGUUCCUUUUGCAUGCAUGACAUGACGUUAAACUGAUAUAGUUCAUUGAAUUUGGGGUAUGUUGGAACAUUAUGGCACUUGUUUUUAACUACAUUAUAUAGAAGACAUUAAAUGCAAAGUGUGAUACAAAUUUCUUGAGAUAUGAAGACAUUUGAGAUGCUUUGCUUGAGGUGCUAAGUUAUUCUAAAUAAGACAAAAUUAAGCAAAAAAUGUCACAAACAUGUGAAGAGUAAAUGUCAUUAAAAUUUACAUAUCAUUUCUUGCCAUUGGAAGAUGGUAAUUAUGAAAUAAAUUGUUGGGGAAAGUUGAAUAUGAUGAAACUUUGAGAAGAUCUAUUGUAAUAAACAUGAAAUUUCAUCACAACUAUUGUUCAUAUUGCACCUAUUAAAUUUCUGUUGUAUUCACAUUUUCUCUACAGUUUUUAAAUGCUUUUUACUGUGGAAUAAUGGAACUUGUCAUCAUACAGAAAAUGAUUGUUAAGUUUUGUUCAGCAUAUCUUCUCUCUAUUACAAAUUAGACAUGAUGAAGAUAACAUAAUUUUCUAUAAUUCCAACCUCAUAUGAAUUGUAUGUGUGUGUAUCAGUAUGUAUGUAUUACAUAAAUGUUGUGUAUUACAUAUAUAUAAAUUUAAGUCACAGUAUAUAGAUUCAAGUAAUCUGGUAGCACUCAUAAAAAAAGCUCCUUAAUGUAUCAUUCUACAAAACAUAUAGAAUAUAUAGUACAAUACAAGAGAAAACCAUAAGGAGUGUAUAAAGUCAUAAAUGAUAGAGAAACAGUUUGAUGAAAUUUUAUUAAUAAGAAAAUUCAAAUAUCAUGACAAACUGUUUUGUAACUUAAAAACAUUAUUUCGUGACUUAAAAACAUUGUUUUAUA